AUGGAGAAAGGCUAUGAUUACAGGCCCGGAUACCCCCGUUUUACGGCACUCAUCUCAGCACAUGGUCCCUACUUUUUAUGCCGACGUUUUGACAAGCUCCGAGCUCGAAUCCUUCUGCUGAAGCAGAACAAGCUAUCUAUGCUCGAGGAGAGGCUUGAACAAGUGGAUUCCGAAGAGCCCUCUCCCCUUUUCCUUGGGAAAAGCCGAUGCGAUCGAAAUGCGGAACGAUUAUCUCUCCUAUCACAGAUUGAGGCUUGUCUUGCUGAUUAUGAUCAAUUCACUGAGAGAGCGAACCGGGUACUAAGUUUCGGCCCCGCCCAACCUAGAGACGAGGCUUCGUACCUCGCACAUCAUCUUGAGCUGGUAUCUCUGGCUCCUGUAGAUAACAGCGCCGUAGUGCAGCUUACAGCAUGGGUAGAGAAUAUAGUCAUUUGGCUUUGGCCGAGUUCUGGAAAAAACCCUUUCCAGAACGUCUCGAAGUAUCCCAACAUAUACAUCGACUCAAGUCCACGGAUUAAACUGACCGCUCAGGCACUACUAUUACUCCUUAUAACACUUAUGCUGCUCUUACUAGUUGUUCUUUGCAACAUCGUGAGCACGACGUCGGCGCGAAUUAUCAUUGUUAUAGUGUUUACGAUUGGUUUCCUCCUUAUACUUUCCGGAUUGACGAAAUCAAAGACGAUGAAUUUGAUCCUUGCAGGAGCAACCUAUGCGACUAUCCUCAUAGCAUUUAUUUCCAAGAGUAGCACAUGAGGCAAGACCUAUUAACGAUAGAAUUAAGUCCAUUUAUAACUCUAGAGUAAGCUUGAGGUAUAACUGGAGGGAAUAGAGAAAGGAUUAUGGUCUUGCUGUAAUUACAGUGAGGUUUAUGUAGGAUGAAUAUAAAGCGGCAAUGUAGGAAAACAAGAGUCUAGGUGGUACAGAAUCGCGUUAUUAUCAAAAUACGAUUAGUACAACGAGUAUCUGGUAACCCACCACCCAAAUUAGACUGAAUUACAUUGCAAGUGUUACAACUGGCGAAUGCCACAAGUUAUAAGGCAGCAAGUAUAACACUACGUCUUUUAUAUAAUGAUGACAUUAAGAAGAAAAGAAGAAAAGAAGAUAAUACCAUUGAGAGAGUAUUGUGAAAAGCACAGCUUGUAUGUUGUUUG